CCGGCAGCAGCUGAACCCCGCGGACCCGGACCAGGGGCCGAGGAGGGUCCAGAACCGCUCACUCUUUGGGUCACUUUCUCUUCCCUUUGGAUUUACCGGACCCGAACCGACACCAUGCCGUUCCCCAAGCGACUCGUGGAGCCGCAGCUGCUGUGCAGGCAGCGGCCCGCGGACCCGGACGCGCCGCCGGCCGAGGACCUGGUCUCCGUGAGUAACGCGGCUCUGGCCCGGGUCCUGCGCCAGCUGUCGGACCUGGCCCGGCACGCGUGCUCCGUGUUCCAGGAGCUGGAGGACGAGCUGGUGGCCAUCGGCCUGCGGGUCCGCGGGCUGCAGGGCCGGAUCCCCGGGGUCCAGCAGGGCUGCGCGGACCUGGACCCGAAGCAGGAGGCAGUGCCGGUGUCGGACCUGGAUGUGGAGAGCAAGCUGACGGAGCACUUCAGGGCCCCGUGGCCCCUGCAGAGGAGCCUCCUGGGGGCCUCCAGCCGGCCACCCUGCCUGGCCGAGCUCCACCAGCAGGCCGGCCUCAGCCUGUGGACCCCCCACCGAGACCCCCAGAGGAGGCGACCGGGCAGCGCGGAGCGGAGAGUGACCAUCUCCACCCCCCCGGUGUCCUCCUGCCCCCCCUCGCCCUCCGGCCAGCGACCGGAGACCCCCGACCCGACGCCGUUUGACUCCAUCCGCUCAUCCUCCCCCACCGAAUGCUGCCGCUUCUCCCCCUGGAGCAGAAAGGCCGUGACCUCCGACCCCGACGCCGACCCGGCGUCUCUGGGCCAGCGGCACCGGUUCCCCGUCCCCAACCCGCCCACCACCCUGGACAAGCAGACCAACUGGGCCGGGGUUCUGCCGCUGCCCACCCCCGAGGACCGCAUGAAGACCAGCUCCCUGGGGGUCUCCUCGAGUGUCAUCCCCAUCAACGUGACGGGCGUCGGCUUCGACAGAGACGCCAGUGUGCGCUGCUCGCUCGUCCACUCGCAGUCGGUGCUCCAGAGGAGGAGGAAGCUGAGGAGGAGGAGGACGGUGGCCGGGGUGCCCCGACAGGUGCAGAGGGAUCUGGACUCCGACGACUCUCCCGGCUCCAGGCAGCGAGCGGCGGGCGCUCGCCUCGCCGCCUCCACCGAGGAUCUGCACCGCCACCUCGGCACCAGAGACUCCGGCUGCCAGACCGAGGACCCGGCGGCCCCGGGGCCGGCGUCCCGGAGGAGGCUCCGGUCCCAGAGGGGCCCGGCGGUCUCCCUCUCGGCGGGCAACAUCCUGUUCCUGUCGGACGCCGCCGACGCCAUGUUCACCGCCUCCGUGGGCGCACGCCUGCGCUCCCGGAGUCUGCCCAGAGACGGCGGCCGGGCCACGGACGACGGGCGCAGCGACGAAGACGACGACGAGGAAGAAGAGGAGGAAGACCUCUCGCCGUUCGACGCCGAGGACUUCCCGCCCGGCCCCGGGGAUCGGAUCCUGAAGGACGGGGAGGCGAGCGCGGGCGAGCGGGCGGCGUGCGACCGCCACCUGAAGUACACGCCGCUCCCGGAGAGUCCGGAGCGCGGCUGGACGGCGAGGACCGGGUCCCGGCGGCCCAGGAACGCCGACAUGGGCAGCCGCGAGAUCUCGUCCAGCUCGGACACCUUCGGCAGCCCCGUGCACUCCGUGUCCGCCGCCGGCGUCCGGACGGAGCACAAGGAGGAGCACCAGUCCUCCAGCGGGAACUGGAGCGGGAGCAGCUCCACCUGCCCGUCUCAGACCUCGGAGACCGUCCCGCCGCCGCCGCCGGGCUCCUCGCACUGCGACUCGGAGCUCUCGCUGAACGCCGCCGCUCACCACCAGGACGACCACGCCGGCUUCCUGCUGGACCACUACCAGGGGCUCAGGACCCACCGGGCCGGCUCCUUCUCCUCCGCGGCCAUGGACAUAUUAGAGGAGGCGGGGGUCGGCGCCCCCGCGGAGGAGGGGUGGAGUUACCCCGAUGCGGCGCCGCUCCGGCCCCCCCGGGACUUCAGCCCCGAGCCGAGCCGGGAGGUGGAGAGCAGCCUGGGCUGCCCCAGCUUCACCAGCAUGGCCACCUGCGAGAGCAGCUUCUCCGACAAGCCGCCGUCGGAGAAGGCGGACGCCGUGUCGCACUACUCGGUGGACACCGAGGGGUACUACACCUCCAUGCACUUUGACUGCGGCAUCCAGGGGAGCCGGAGCUUCUCCUACGGCGGCUCCGAGUCCGACGUGACUCUGGGGCGCCGCUGCCUCUCGCUGAGGAAACCGAAGGCGAAGCCGAGUCCGCCGAAGAGGAGCUCGUCCUUGAGGAAGAUCUGCGGCGAGGGACACGCCCCCGACGACCGCGAACCAAAGACGUCUUCCAAGGAGAGGAAGCUGCAGCUGGUUCUGUCCAACCCGGCGGUCGGAGAGCCUCUCGCGGUCUGGGGCGCCGGGGGCUUCGGCAAUCUGCCCGACUUGGGCGCGUUCGGCGCCACGGACGCGUGUUCCUUUAAGGACGAGGGCGCCGUACAGGCGGACUACGCCGAUCUGUGGCUCCCGAACGACCUAAAGUCCAGCGACCCGUACCGGUCUCUGUCCAACUCCAGCACGGCGACGGGCACCACCGUGGUGGACUGCAUCAAGUCUCAGGAGAGCUCCGGGUCCCAGUCCUCGCGGUCCGGCUCCGGCGCCACCACCCCCUCCCUCCCGUCGGCGGAGGGCGACUUCCUGCCGACGUCACCGGAGAAGCCGACGGGGCUGACCAGUCCGUCCAGCGGCUACUCCAGCCAGUCGGAGACGCCCACCUCCUCGCUCCCCGCCGCCUUCUUCCCCGGACCGCUGUCGCCGCCCGGCGGCAAGAGGAAGCCCCGAGUCCCCGAGAGGAAGUCGUCUCUUGUGUCGGCAUCUCUGCCGCCGCCCCCCCCCUCGCUGCCCGUCGCCCCCUCGCUGCCCCCCUCGCUGCCCGUUGCCCCCCUCGCUGCCCGUCGCCCCCCGCUGCCCGCCCCCCGCUGCCCGCCGCCCCUCGCUGCCCGCCCCCCUCGCUGCCGCCGCCUGCCCGCCCCUCGCUGCCCGCCGCCCCCCUCGCUGCCCGUCGCCCCCCCUCGCUGCCCGUUGCCGCCCCUCGCUGCCCCACUGCCCGUCGCCCCCCCCUCGCUGCCCGUCGCCCCCCCCUCGCACCUCGAUCUGAGUUCCCUGUCGGCGGCGCCCGGGUCCCAGAUUCAAACCCUUCACCAGAACCCGCCCCGCCCCGCCCAUCCCACGCUCGUCACCCCCUCCGCGCUGCACGCGGUGCGGCUCCGACCCGUCGCCACGGAGCCCGAGGGACGCCGCAGGGACGGAACGCCUCCGGCGCUCGUCGACAACGUCCCCGGCACGCCGGUUCUCUGCGGGGCGUCCGCGGUGCCUCUGCGUCGCCCGCCCUCCGACGGCUCGUGUGAAUCCUUGUUCACCUCCGACGAAGAGCUGGCAGAUGAAGAGAGUCGGAGUGAGACGGGGGAGGCGUCGGCGGACCGGUACGAAGGAGAGACGGCGGGAACACCCGAGAGAAGUGAUGAAGAAGCAGAAGAAGAAGAAGUGGCGGCUCUCUCCAUGCAGCACAGUUCACCCGGCGGUCCUGAUGAGGCGCCUUCGGUCGCCGGCCAAUCGGAGGCGUCGGACGGGAGUCCGAUCGGCGACGGAGGCAGCAGAGGGGAGGAGCCUGAGGCGCCAGGGGCUUCGGCCCAAAGAGCCUCUGAGGGCGGCGGCGAGGAGUCGGCCGACAGCAGCGGAGCCGGCGACCCCGCGGCGCCUCCUCUGGUGGACGACCUCGUGUUCCUGACCCCCGCCAAGGCUCGGACCACCGAGGAUCUGUUCGCGAUGAUCCACAGGUCCAAGAGGAAACUGUUGGGCAGGAAGGAUUCCACGGAACCGAGCGCCAGGAACCGCCUGGGCGCCGCGUCUGGCGGCACGCCGCCCGGCAGCCCCGCGGGCUCCCCGGUGUCCCCGGUGUCGCCGCCCGGCUCCUCCCCCGUCGGGACCCCGCCCGGCCUGCACCGAGUGUCCGGAUCCAUCUUCAGGAGCGCCAAGAAGUCCAGCACCUCCAACGAGGAGUUCAAGCUGCUGCUGCUGAGGAAGGGCAGCCGCUCCGAGGCCGGCUACCGCAUGUCGGCCACGGAGAUCCUCAAGAGUCCCGGAGCGCCCAAAUCCUUCCCGGCGGACUUCCCCAUGGAUUCGCCCGGACGGCCCGAAGAGCCCGCCUCCCCCCUCCGGUCCGGACCGGACCGGCUCUCGGGCCACGACCCCCGAGCCGACGCCGAGGGCUUCUCCCCUAAGCCCCUCCUCUCGCCCGCCGCCUCCAGGCAGGGCCGCCCCAGGAUCCCGCCGCCCGCCAACAGCAGCCGGUACGGCGCCCGCGGCAGACUGUACCCGGCGCCCAUGCAGGCCAUCUCCGAGGGCGAGGCGGAGAACUCUGACGGGAGUCCUCCUGACGAGCGCUCGCCUCCCGGCUCCACGGAGGCCUGACAGGAAGCAGCUCGUCAAUAAACGGACCACGAUGAGUUCUAAUAUAUAUUUGAUACGUUUGUUUCAGAAUAAUCGUGAUUUCACUAACAGUUUUAAAGACGUCUCAUUUUUGGUAAUUCUUGUUCCACUUUUAGACGGUUUCCUCCGCGGCGAGUCUCAGAACGAUGUGAACCUUAAAGAAUAGAUAAAUGAAUAGUAACCCUACGAUCUCAGGAUGCCGGUCCUCGUGAGGCUGAGAGCAGAAUUUAUAACGAAGGAAAAUUCCAGACAUGCAAUUUAAAUGUAUAUUUUAUUUGCUCCUUUUUUAAUGUUUACUCAUUUAGCGGCUGGCUACUUAGCGAGCUAGCUAGCAUGCUAAUUCCACCCCGAUGUCGCGCUGCAGUCCCGGGACAUGAACUGCUGUUUUUAAACUUCAUGGCUACCCUUCUGAUUAGAUCAUGCUCAUGUUUAGCACUAAUGCUAAUCACUAGCAUGUUUUAUUUUGUCUUAUUGCUGUAAAGGGACAAAACACAUUUUAUACUCUGAUUAACAUUUGUGAAUUUGAGUUUACAUGCAAGGCAGCAUUACGGCUAACAGCUAAAAACAAAUUGCGUUCGCCAAUGUCCACCAGCAGGGGGCAGCCCGAUGCCUGUUUAUAACACAUGAUGUCGAGAUUCAAACACUUUGCACUAAAAUGUGACGUUUAGGACCCGAAUCCACCAACGACACCACCAAAUACACCAACAUGGUUUGAGGGUUUAGUUACUCUCUAAAGAUAAUUGUGUGAUUAUUAUCUUUCAUAAUUAGAUUUGAUAUUAAUUGCCCAUCGGCCUGUUUAAAAAAAAUCCCAAACCUGCGAUCCGACCCUCGUGUUCUUCAAAUCGAGCUUUCAGCCAAACAUGAAAAUAAAAUGAACUUAAAAUCCGACCCGCUGCAGAACUCUGGCUCCCGUUCACCAACGAGUGUUUCGUGUUUAGUUUAUAGUUUAUAGUUUAUGUUCCAUCAGCUCCUUCCUCCAGUGGGUUCGUGUCCGCUCUGCUGUCAGAGGUUUGAUCUUGUCAAAGUAGAAGAAAUAUACUGUGUGUAAUUCUGUAUUCUGUGAAUACCUAUGCAACUGUAGACACAACAGACCCCCCCCCCCCCCCGGUGGAGAACCAGCAGUGAACGCCUCGCUGCGUCUGAUCACACGGGGUGUUUGUAUAUUUUACUUUUAAAAGAAUCGUAAAUCAACUCAAAGACGACUCUCAUUAUGUUUUUAGAGAUUCUGACGCAAUAAGACGAUUAAAUAAAGUCACGAGGCGGAGAGGAAGAGGAAGAGGAGGAGCAACAUGAGCAACAGAACAAGGAGGUCACGUGUCGGGGUCAAAGGUCAUUUCAGGGUUUGUGCAUUGUGUGAAGGAGGCGAGUUGAAAGUGUUCAGGAGGAUCGUGUGUGUGUGUGUGUGUGUGUGUGUGUGUGUGUGUGUGUGUGUGUGUGUGUGUGUGUGUGUGUGUGUGUGUGUGUGUGUGUGUGUGUGUGUGUGUGUGUGUGUGUGUGUGUGUGUGUGUGUGUGUGUGUGUGUGUGUGUGUCGGUCGGGGGUUUCGUAGAGGAUGUGGAGCUCCAGGUGGAGCCGAGUUUCAUCUGUGAUGAAGCAGAAGAACUUCUGUUCUUUAUUAUUAUUCCCCAUCGAAAACACAACAACCUAAAUAUAUUUAUUUGUUGUCAGCGACAGAAACGUUUCCAGAACUCUUUCCUGUUGUUUUAAAUGCAGAGAAACGCUCGAGUUACUCAAAUCAGACGUUCCGACGUUUUAAAUCCGACGAACAGGAAACGACGACGACGACGACAACAACGGCUGCUCUAAACGUUUCUAUCUUAUCUCUUUAAGUGUAUUUCACUUUUUUGGGAUCAUAAGUUAAUUCGUCAUCUCAAGAAAAGUUAUUCAAACUAAAUGUUUCAUCAUGAGCUCAACGCCAGUGACACUGAAACAUAUCAUUAUUAUUAUUAUUAUUAUUAUAAACACACGUGAUGACUUCCUGGUUUACAAAGGAUGCAAACUAAUUACACAAAUACACAAACACACAAAUACACAAACACACAAAUACACAUGGAAUGAGAUUAACUGGAUCACUCACAAGAUAAAACAUCAACAACAUCAAACGCUGUAAACAUCAACAACAUCAAUGCUGUUUUCAUUUAUUUGACACGGGACUUUUCGUGAAGAGGCAUCUGUUUCUCUGUUCCUGCAAAUAUUUAAGAUUUAAAAUCUGUUUUCAUGACCUUGACUUGUGUAGCAACAUCAAACUUCUGUUCCGUGACUCUUGGUACUCGAUGCAUUUCAUAUUUCAUAUUUCAUAUUUCAUUUUUCAUAUUUCAUUUUUUAUUUUUCGUAUUCCGUAUUUCGGGCCCAACGGAGACUCCAGAUCUUUGUUCUCAGCUUUGUUCUUCUUUGUGUUGUACAGACGUGUAAAUACAGAAACUUCUGAGCCGUCACAAAAGGUUUAUUUGUUUCUGAUGUAAAAAAACUAAAAACCAGAAAGAUGUUUUUAAAGUUGAUUUUAACCCUUUGUGUUGAGCUGCUGAAUCUCGUCUGGUAUUUAUUUAGCAGUCAGCGUUGGGCGUCCCAUAAUGAACCAAUCACAGGACAGGUGAGCUCAUGUGUUCAGGUGAAUAAAUGUGACCUGAAGACGA